UGCCGCCCAUGCUAGUACUAGUAGCUGCCGCCGCCCUAGCCCACCUUGUUGAGCUGUUAAUGGCUCCGCUUUUAACAUCGGUCUCAUCACUGUCACCAUCACAAGGUGGGCUACCGCCGCCCGACUCUGGCAACCAGCAGUUCGCGCGAGAGCAGUGACAACUCGACUAUCUCACCGCGUGGGACCAUUAACGACUUGUCCACAAGUCUAACCAUGGAGCGGAGGUAGCGUGAAUAAAAAUCGGCGCAUACGCCUGAGUUUUUCAACUACAGAGGGCGCUGUACACUUGGUAAUUUUUUGGCGCUGGUGUUGACGUUGAAUCUUCUUGUUGUAGAAGUUAGUAACUAUCAAAAUUCUUCUAGAAUCUAGUUGAGAUCUUGAUCUCUAAACGAACUUUUCAUUGCAAAAUGAACCGCUGUAUUAUGUGCAACCGAGUGUUCGGCCCAAAGCCCGAAAAUGCCAAGCAAAAGUGUUCUUUAACCCGUUUCUUUAGCUACCAACCCGGUGGAGCGUUGGGAACGGUAGUUCAUGAAUUGAUCACCGAAUGUACAGGCGUCAAUUUGGACCCAUCGAAGACGCCACAGAAGGCUACAAAACGUAAACAAACAAAACAAUACACAUGGUUAAUGUGUGCUCAAGCUAUGACAUGUUACAUGUUAAAGUCAAACGUAACCAAUCGCUGGUAGCUAAGGAAAAACUCACUGAUCUGAUAAGUAGGCAAGGUAAGCCUGGGAUCAAAGAGGCUACAAUAAAAAGGAUACGAUGUUCAAAGUACAGACGCGCCUUCACUAUGGUUUACAACACAAACAUGACAGCCAGAAAGCAGUUGCUAAGGGCCAUUGUGUUGUUAGUCAGGGAUGAGAUGCGUCAGUUCGUCAGGGUACCGCCAGCCAUUUUGCAUGCAGACGCAACCGGGACUUUCCUAUGGAACCCCAUUCUCAGAGCAUUCCAGACGAAACUCCAAGUGCUAUAUGCUGCCUUGCAGGGAGCCGUGAUUAAAAACGAUGAGGAUAACAGAUUAAAGCUGAGCAGCGAUGGAGAGGGGAUAGGUUGUCAAGUACCCGGACUGGGCAUUGUGUUGUCAUCACUGGUCAGGAUGAGGAGCGACAAAAACAACACUAUAAAGCAAAAAACAAGCAGGAUAACCAUCCUACUAGGGCAGUAUUUGGCGAAACAUGGCACAUGCUCUAUGGUCAUAAAUGCUCUAAAUAGUUCUGUUGGACUUUGCCCGGACGCAGGAAGCCUACGACGUCUUUGUAAGAAGCAUGGGUCAGACUACAACUACACCAACAUCUUUACUAGGCAACCAGGUUUAAUGGAAACAAGUGAUGAGGAGGGGAAUGAGGAAGAAGAAAAUGAGGAGCAAAGUGAGGAGGAAGAAAACGAGGAGCAAAGUGAGGAGGAAGAAAAUGAUGAGGACAGCGAGAAGGAAGCAAGUGACAAUGAGGAACAAGUGAAGAUGAGCAAAAUAAAGAGGCAGAAAAUGACAAGUGAAGAGGAGGAGCAAAGUGAAGAUGAGCAAAGUGACAGGGGACAUAUUAUGAUGAGCGAAGUAACAAUGAGGACAAAAGUAAAGACGAGGAACAGCGUAACAAGUAAAGUCGAGGAGCACAAUAAAGAUGAGCAAAGAGCCAAGUAGUCGAAGGAGGAACACAGUCAAGAUGAGCAAAGUGACAGUGAGGACAAAGGUAUGUAUAGGCAAGGAACAAAGUGACGAGUGAAGAGGAGCAUGAGUGAAGAGGAGCAUCUGUGAAGAUGAGUAAAGGGCCAAGUCGUCCAAGAAGGAACAUAAGUCAAGAUGAGCAAAGUGACAAGGAAGAACAAAGUGACAAUUAAAGACGAGGAGCACAGUGAGGAGGGUAGACCUUUCUAAAAGCUGCUACUAAUUUGGUCAUGUUCCUUUUAUCAAACACCAUCAAUGGAUGAUAACAUUUAUUGUACAAGGAACCAGACUUUUUUCUCUUUCCAGCCUCGAUUUUGUUAUAUUGACUGGAAUGAAAGAACAUGAAGAUGCCCUCCCCCAAGUUGAGUACAAGCGCUAUAUGUCCAAGCGCUAUUUGUCCAAGCACUAUUUGUCCAGUGGGUUGAAAAAGAAGUUACCACCCCAAAGCAACAGGGGUGGGUGUGUUUUGGGGACCAUUGUCUUGACAUUUUUUUGAUGAAAAACAAAUAAAACUAAUUGCCUGUUUGGAUUUUAUUUUUUACUUUUUUUUAUGCGUUGCAUAAAAGUUAAUCGGUUCACAAUUUUCACAUGACCCCGAUCGAUCUUAAACUUAAACAGACUCGUCAGUUUAUGGAUGGUGGUUUACAUAAAGUGCUUACAAUACUAGCAACUGUCUUGUUAGAAAAAAAAACAUUCUGUAAUGUUCCUUCAAUAA